AUGUUAAGCCGAGAAGAUAGUCCUUCUGUUUUGCACUCCCGAGAAAGUAGCCAUUCUCUUUUGAAUUCACAAGAAAAUGACCCGUACGAGACAGAUGCAGACUCAAGUAGCAACUGGUCACCCUCCCCGCGCGUCCGAAAAAAUCCUCGAUUGACUGUUAUAAGUUCAACAUCAGAUUCGUCUGAAUCUAAUGUCGAUGAAAACGUAAACAACAAGAGAAAAUCAAGAAAACGUUUACGUGAUCAAAAAAACUGGAAACGUGAAAUAGCGAAAACAAAAAGAUUAGCGGGAGAAAGCAAUGAUACUUGCGACACUUGUGAUAAGUUCAUAUCAUUAUUGAAGCACGAAACUAAUCCCGAAGAAAGAGAAAAAAUAGAGAAGCAAAGAAAAGAACAUAUUGAAGAUGCUGAUAAGAGUCAAAGGCGUAAAAAUUCAUCUAAUGGUCAGUUUUUCAUUUCACAAUGUGUGUGGCUACAGGUAAGGAAGCAGAAAGAUGGUAUUUUAUAUUAUAAAACCAGUUUCCAUGACGAAGAGUUCUCUGAGAUCAAUCUUAAAAAGAAUACUAGACAAAACCUUAUAUUGUCAAACUCCCUGCCACAGGCUCAUGAAAACAUUCGUCCUAUCAGUAUUGCGAAAUACAAAGAUUUGGUGACGUUAACUCAAUGGAUUGCCGAUCCAGAACUAAAAAAGUUUUACAUUGACCUACCACAUGGUAAUCAACCUGAUAUUAUCGAAGAAUCUGAAAAUCCUGACCUGUGUUAUUAA